UCUCGAAAGUUUUUUCAAAGUCAGUUCCUAUAUUUGGACGAUCUGGAUCAUUGUGAUUUUUGCAUAUGCAUCGUUCAUAAUUCCAGGACAUUGACUCUGGUGAUUCUCGACGGUGUUAAAAAGACAGACAGCUGAUAUAAGUCCAUUCUCUCAAACACUUGCCUUCACCGGAACAAAUAUGUUUAACACGAGGACGAUUCAAUUUCGCAAAAGGCCCUUCCUUGCAAUAGCUGGGCUUUCAAUUUGUCUUAUUCUUUGGAUGGCACUUCGCUAUCACACAACCUUGCCUAUGGAAAAACGUGUAUUAACGACAGAGAGAGGUCAAUUCAUGCUGGAGGGAAAACCGUUUCGUAUUCUUAGUGGUUCGAUUCACUAUUUUAGAGUUGUACCAGAGUAUUGGAGGGAUCGACUUCUGAAGCUAAAAGCCAUGGGAUUGAACACGGUUGAAACUUACGUCCCAUGGAAUCGUCAUGAAGAAGUGAAAGGGCAAUUUAACUUCAAAGGAAUCUUGGAUGUGGUCAACUUUAUCAAUAUAGCCCAUUCACUUGGUUUAUAUGUGAUUGUUCGUCCUGGACCCUAUAUCUGCGCUGAAUGGGAUCUUGGAGGACUGCCCAGUUGGCUGUUACAUGAUCCCAAGAUGCAACUCAGAUCCAUGUACCCUCCAUAUCUCCAUGCUGUGCGAACAUAUUUUAAGAAACUUCUUCCAAAACUUGUCCCACUUCAGUAUUCUCAUGGUGGUCCAAUCAUAGCUUUCCAAGUAGAAAAUGAAUAUGGUAGCUUUGGUGAUACAGAUCUCAGCCCAGAUUAUAUGGCUUAUCUCAAGACACUUAUGGUUAAUGAAGGAAUCUCAGAGCUGUUGUUCACGUCAGAUGGUGUAUUCCAAAUGGAGCAAAAAUACUUUCCUGAGUUACCAGGAGUGUUGAAGACUGCAAACUUUCAGAGUAAUGAGACUACUUGUCUUAACAGACUCAAGAAACUUCAGCCUGAUAAACCAUUAAUGGUGGCAGAAUUCUGGCCAGGUUGGUUUGAUCAUUGGGGAGAACAACACCACAAGAUGGAAGCAGACAAGGUGGUCACCAGAGUAUCCAACAUACUCAAAAUGGGAGCUUCUAUCAACUUGUUCAUGUUUCAUGGUGGAACAAAUUUUGGCUUUAUGAAUGGUGCAAAUGCUGUCAAAAAUCAGUUCAAGUAUCAGCCAACUGUAACUUCUUAUGAUUACGAUGCUCCACUAUCAGAAGCUGGUGACAUCACUGAGAAGUUUCAUGCAUUGAGAAAAGUUUUUAAGAAGUACAAUCCACCACAAGAUGACAAACAAGAUUUUUUAGUGUCACUGGGUGACCACCAAACAAGAGCAACAUAUGAGGAUGUAGAGAUGCAGCAUUUCCUGCAACUUGGAGAACUGAUCCACUUAUUUGAACCAGUCGAAACUGAGAAUGUUAUGUCUAUGGAAGGGCUUCCAAUUAACAACAAUGGUGGACAAGGUUAUGGUUUCAUUCUGUACCAAAAAGAACUUGAAAGUGUUCCAGAAGAAAUCAUCAUCCAAAACGUCAGCGACCGAGCACAGGUUUUUCUUGAUUUCCAGCUGGUCUAUACCAUUGACGCCAUGAAACGAGAAGGGAAAGUAGUAUACAUCGAUGAAAAACAGCUUUGGAAAGUGUCAAUAAAAACGAACCUGGAACAACUACGUCGACAGAAGAUGUUCAGUAGUACAAGUCGGGUCUUCUUUUGUGCUUUUGUCGAUUUUGUUUUUUCAGGCAUACUCGGUGAUAUCCUAGUGGAUGGCAAAAAGCAAACGGGCUGGAAAACUUACCCAAUGGACUUCAAGGAAGGCUUUUUCGACAAAUUAAUCACACGGUCAGAAUGGAGGAAAAUAAAAGAAGGAGAAUUGCCAACCAUUCCUUCUCUAUACCGUGGUACGUUUGGGGUAACGGAUGAGCCCAAGGACACCUUCUUGUACAUGAAAAGUUGGACCAAAGGCGUGUGUUUUGUUAAUGGCUACAAUCUGGGAAGGUACUGGAAUAUUGGGCCACAGGAGACGUUAUAUAUACCAGCUCCAUGGCUACGCAAAGGGGAAAACGAGCUGCUGAUUUUUGAACUAGAGAAGUACGAAGUUCCUGACGUAGCAUUUGUGACAGAGCCAAAGAACAAAGGAAAACCUCUUUUAGUGCUAUAAUAAGAUCAUCCGAAGCAUAUUAAACUGAAGACAGGGCAACCUCAUUCCCAGGUUCCUCAAUAAAAUACUCUCUCGAGGGAGGAGGGGAAGGAACCCUGGGAACGGGGUUGGAAACAGGGUUGCGGUGGAAUGACUUGGCACAAAAUCCUUCAAAAACUACCACUAAGUGUCGAAGCUGCUGAGAGAAUCAACAAGCAAGUUCGUCCGUCUCUUUUUAAAGUGGAGUGUUGAUAUUUAUCUCUUCACCACCGGUGUGGGGCUAGUCUGAAAUACGACUCGUAUAUAAAGCAGAUUUUUUAAACAAGAAGAGCACAGAAUAAUUCGAGGUAGACAAAAUAAUUCACGUUUUAGGGAUUACUACUAUUCAGGAUUUAAAUUUAUUUUGGAAUUUUCUUAGCAGAUCUGCGGAACGGCGGCAAGACAUUUUGAAGAUAUAGAGGGCGUGUCAACAGAAUACAUUAACUGAAAAAUAAGAAAAUUUUAUGGGAGGAAUAAAAGUUAAGUCUAUAUUUUGAAAACAAAAUGUAGUAGUUGAAAUAACAUCAGUAGCAGCAGAGAUGAAAGUUAUUUACUUAGAUUACCUUGGUACAUAUAAGAAAAAGUACUGCAUUUAUGGCCCUUGACAACGUCAUGGAAUUAAAUUGUUCCUUACAAAUUCGAAUCAAAUUUGAUAAGAAUAUCCACAUAAUAUAACGUUAAUUCUUGUCGUUGGCCCAUUGUAACGCUUUUGCAAUCAUUUAAUUGCCAUUGAUUUAUUUCUUCCCUUUUCGAAAUUAUAGUGGUGGAAUACUUUUAAGAGAGGUCCUUUACGUAAAGCAAUUUCUCAAAUGUAAAUAAUUUGUAAACGCUUAAGCAGCGCAAGAGCUUUCAAAAAUUCGAUUUAAAGUGAAUUGAGGUGGAAUUAGAAUCUCCCGUUUUUGUGGCGGAAGAAAAGCAAAAAUAACCAUCGUAAAAAGAUAAAAGGAACCAAGAGUACCAUGAGUGUGGAAAUGGCGAAGUGUGUUCUUUGUCCUAGGUUCUUCCAUGGCUUUCACCAACAUCGACAUCAGAACAUUGUUCGUUAUACCGCCGUUUUGUCGUAUUAAGUCUCUUAUAUAUAUUAUAGUAUAUAGUAGUCUUUAUUUCCUCACAAGAUAAAAAAUACAUAUCUUAUGUUAUAAUAUUUGAG